CUGAUCCGCAUCCGCUUCCUGCGCCACAAGGUGGCGGUCGCCUCGCUGGUGCUGCUCGGCAUCUUCUACUUCGGGGUGCUGUUCGCGGAGUUCGCGGCGCCCUACGACCCCCGCCGGCGCAGCCCGGAGCAGCAGUACUCACCGCCGCAGCGGCUCCGCCUGUUCCACGACGGCCGCCUGAGCGCGCCGUUCGUGUACGGGCUGUCGUCCGAGCUGGACAUGGACACGUUCCGCUACGUGUACGAGGUCGACCGGGAAGCCCGGCAGCCGGUGGCGCUGUUCGUGCGCGGCGAUCCGUAUGAGCUGUGGGGCCUGUUUCCGUCCGACGUGCACCUGUUCGGGGUCACGGACGGUCGCCGGGCGUAUCUGUUCGGGACCGACAACCUGGGCCGCGACCUGCUGUCGCGGGUGAUCCACGGCGGGCGCAUCUCCCUGUCGAUCGGGCUGGUCGGCAUCGCCAUCAGCUUCCUGCUCGGCAUCAUCCUGGGAGGGAUCUCCGGCUACUUCGGGGGGACGGUGGACGUGGUCAUCCAGCGGCUGGUGGAGUUCCUGCGCUCCAUCCCCGACCUGCCGCUGUGGAUGGCGCUCAGCGUGGCGCUGCCCCGCUACUGGUCGAUCGAGCGGAUCUACUUCGGCAUCGUCGUCAUCCUCUCGCUGGUCGGCUGGACCUCCAUCGCGCGCGUGGUGCGCGGCAAGUUCAUGGCCGUGCGCGAGGAGGAGUUCAUCACCGCGGCCGUCGUCGCGGGCGCCGGCACGGGGCGCAUCCUGUUCCGCCACCUGCUGCCCUCCUUCGCCAGCUACAUGAUCGCCUCCCUGACCCUGUCGGUGCCGGGGAUGAUCCUGGGAGAGACCGCCUUGAGCUUCAUCGGCCUGGGGCUGCAGACCCCGGCGAUAAGCUGGGGGGUGCUGCUGCAGGAGUCGCAACGCAUCCACGUGCUGGCCGGAUCGCCCUGGCUGCUGCUCCCGGGCGGCCUCGUGAUCGUGACGGUGCUGGCGUUCAACUUUCUGGGAGACGGGCUGCGCGACGCGGCCGAUCCGUACACCGCGACGUAG